AUGGGGCCUUCUGUACUCCAGAAACGCCUCGCCGAGGAUGAGAAUGCAUUUAGUGGGCUUUUGAGCUUGAUCCCGACGAGGAUGCAUUAUGCGGAUGAUGACGAGCCACAGAGCAAGAAGAAGGCAAAGAAGGCCAAGGCCAAAGCGGCCAAGGCAGCGCAAGCCGCCCUUGACGCCGAGAACGCCGUAAACGAUGGCGACGACAACGACGAACAAGAGACCGCCUCCCCCGAGAAGGAAGGAAACAAGCGCAAGUUGGAAGAUAGGGACGCCGAGGCCGAUAAUAAGGAUACCCCCGCCGACGAUGAGACGGCAACGGUCCAAGGAACCCCCGGGCCGAAGAAGAAGAAGCUAAAGGUCGACAGCCCUACGGACGAGAAGAAGGCCGCCGACCAAUUACUCGACGAGGCUACUCGGGAGGCCAAGAAGGCCAGGAAAGCGGAAAAGGCACAGAAGCUGCAGGAGAAGAAGGCGGCUAAGAAGGCGGCCGCCAAGGAGAAGAAGGAGAAGAAGAACAAGGAGGACAAGGAGGACGUCACCGCGCCGGCCACAACCGAAGAUAUCGAGAUGACGGAGCCUGCCACAGAGACAGCUGAACAAACAAAUAAUGUCCCCCAAGCCGACAACGAAUCGUCCACAUCCUCCGAACCCCACUCCCCCACCUUCGACUCCUCCGACGCCCUCUCCCAACAAGCCACCCAAGCCGAAGCCGCCAGCACCACCACCUCCGUAUCCUCCGCCGUCCCGCCCUCCGACAAACCCAAACACAUAAAAAUCCCCGAAGACACGACAGCCUUCCGUGAGCGGUUCGCCGCGCGCCUCGCCGCGCUCCGCGCCGCCCGCAAGGCCGACGGGCCCGACGGCAAGCCCAUCCGCUCGCGGCAGGAACUCCUCGAGCAACGGCGGCAGAAGCAGGCCCAGCGCAAGGAGCAUAAGAAGGAGAUGCGCAAGGUGGCUAAGCUCGAAGAGGAGCGGAAGCGGGAGGAGGCGCUGAAGGCGAAUUCGCCGUCGGUGAUGAGUCCCGGGGAUGAGUUCGACGAGGGGAACUUCUCGUUUGGUAGGGUCGCGUUCGGCGACGGGACGCAGCUCUCGCAUGACCUUAGUUACGUGCUCAACCGCGAGCAUAAGAAGGGCCCCUCGGAUCCCAAGACGGCGCUGCUUAAGCUCCAAAACCAGAAGAAACGCCUCGCCGAGCUGGACGAGGAGAAGCGCAAGGAGAUCGAGGAGAAGGAAACGUGGUUAACCGCGCGGCGUCGCGCCGAAGGCGAGAAGAUCCGCGACGACGAAGGCUUACUCAAAAAGGCCGUCAAGCGAAAGGAGCGCACGAAGCGCAAGAGCGAAAAGGAGUGGAAGGAUAGGAAGCAGGCCGUCGAGUCCGGGAUCAAGCAGCGGCAGAAGAAGAGGGAGGAGAAUAUUCGGAAGAGGAAGGAGGAGAAGAAGUUGGGGAAGCUGGGGAAGAAGAAGGGCGGUGUGGGUGCUAAGAAGAAGAAUCGGCCGGGUUUUGAGGGGAGGUUUGGCGGUGCUGGGAAGAAAUGA